AUGUUGGUUGUCAUUCUCUGGUUGUCACUGUUUUCAUUACCAACCAUUGUUGGUCGAGAAUAUCAAACAUUUCCACUGCGUCUGGAUGCCAUAAUUAAUGAACUUCAUCGUCAGAAACAAACAUUGCUCAAUACUGAUGAUCUAUCCUAUGCUGGUACGAUCGAUGAAUUAUAUGUUCAACUUUUAUCAACUAACAAUCGAACAACUGCCUGUGAAAAAGAUAUUGAAAUAUUGGUCAAAGCAGUACUCCGUCGUGAUAUGUGGGCUCUCAAAGUCAUUGAUUCUUGGGGUAAACCUCUUCCAUCUGGUAUACUCAAACGAAAUCUCUUUUGGGUGGGUAACUACGAUGAAUGUGUUCAACAAAUACAUUUACCUGACAACAAAUCCUUCGUACAACAACCUUUCGAUACUCAAUAUUGUCUAAUCGUUCCUGAUCCAUCGGCAACGACUGGGAUUUCCCUUGGUUCCUGCUGGCCAUCAUCAUGCGAUCGUCAUUCCAUAAAAAAUUUUAUGCAGUCUUUAUUCAAAAGAAGCAAUUUCACUGAAGAUCGUCUUCUAUGUUCAUCAGAUGCACAACGUCACAGGUCAAACUUAACACGUGGAGCAUUGGUCGCUUGUAUUAUUCUCGCAUUACUUGGCCUUCUCGUUCUCACAGGCACUGUGAUCGAUAUUCUGCACUUUUCUUGUGCUGAUUCCUCCGCUAAUCUAGCAACAAAUAUCAAUAAUGAUGAACAAGGUGAAAAACAAUCUCUCUUGCCAAAGAAAAAUUCUGUUCAAAUUGCAUUCAAUACAUCCGCAUUUCUUGCUCAAUUUUCAACCAUUCGCACACUGAAUCGCAUCUUUUCGAUUAAUACUAAUAAUAAUAAUGAUUCUUUUUCGUUUAUCAAUGGCAUUCGUGUACUUGCACUCUUUUGGGUUAUUUUUGGUCAUUUAUUUUCUUUUGGUGCGUUCUAUUCAAGUAAUUUACUGGACAUUAUCGCCUGGUCUAAUAAUCUAGCCUUUCAACUUAUUCUGGGUGGUCAGUUCAGUGUCGAUACAUUCUUUGUUCUAAGUGGGUUUUUGACAGCUAUCGUCUUUGUUCGAGAGGCUGAUAAACAAAAAUUUUCAUUUCGAUUCGUUCUCCUUUAUUAUAUUCAUCGAUAUAUUCGUCUCACGCCAGUCUAUCUACUUGUCAUUCUCAUCAGCAUUAAUUUAACGCCUUAUUUCGGCAACGGACCUGCUUUUCCAUUUGAACAAGGAUUUGAAUCAAAUGGAUGUCGUAAUCAAUGGUGGUGGACAUCAAUUCUGUAUAUUAGUAAUUUGGUUCAACCGGACAACAUGUGUCUACCCAUCACGUGGUAUCUUCAAAAUGAUAUGCAAUUUCAUUGGUUAGCUCCACUUGCUCUAGUUCCAUUUAUUAUGAGACGAAAAUCAAUCGGGUUCUGUGUUAUGAUUCUCUUCGUUUCUCUCAGUAUUGGGUCUAUAAUUGGACUUCUUCUUCAUUAUCCGUACUUGACAGCCAGUAUCUUCCAACGAAACACACCGGAUGUAAGUUGCAUCAUAAUAAUAUCCGCUUUCAUUGAUUAUAAAUUUUGAUUCUAGCAAGGGCCCACUUAUGAUGACACAAUCUAUAUGACUCCAUGGUGUCGCAUUUCAGCCUAUGCCAUUGGUAUUUUAACUGGUUUUGUUCUCAUCCAUACCGGUCGUUCCUAUCGUCUCAAUAAGUACGUGAUCCUAAUAGGCAGUCUUAUUGCUAUUCUACUUGCAAUGACUUGUAUAUUCGCCAUUUAUCCUGACUAUGUACUUGUAGCAGGUAUAAGUCGAUCGUCAAGAAUUGCUUAUGAAGCACUCUCACGUC